AUGGUGUGCAUUGAAGACUUGGAAUGUGAGCAAGUGGACAUCGAGACCGCUUUCCAGAACGGUGUGCUUGAAGAAGAAGUGUACAUGCAACUCCCACAAGGUCUGAAGGUCCCCGGUCAAGAAGGUCUGGUGUGCCGCCUGCAAAAAAGCAUAUAUGGCCUCAAGCAGGCACCCCGAGCAUGGCACAAGGCGUUAGUACAGUAUCUCACCACUGCUGGAUUUGAAGCUCUGCAGUGUGAAGCCUGCAUUUUCGUUCGGAGCACAGGCAUCAAGACGCAGAUCGUAGACAUUUACGGGGACGACUUGGUGCUGAUCGCUAAGACUAAGGGUGAAGUUGCUGAAAUGAAGGCCGGCAUUCAAAAAGCAUUUCGUGGAAAGGAUAUGGGGGGACCCGUCAGCUACAUUGUGGGGAUCAAAGUAGUCCGUGACAGGGCACAACGAAAGCUGUGGAUCAAUCAGCAGCUAAGUGCAGACAACAUCGUGAAUCGGUUCAAUAUGCAGCACGCGUUUGCUACAAAAGUACCAUCGAUACCAGAAAAGAAACUGCGGAAAGUUAACGGCGUUGAUGCAACUGGUGAUGUCAUGAGUGACAUGGCAACGAAACCCUUUAGACAAGCUUCUGAUGUAUCUGAUGAACGGGUCGAGGCCGAACUUGCCUUCUCUAUCCAGGACGUGAGCUUAUUUCUCAAUGCUUACGCUAAACCACACUGGGAAGCUGUGAAACAGAUUAUCAAGUAUGUCAAAGGAACUACGGGUCACGGUUUGGGGUUCAGUGGGUCCGACAUCAGACUAUCGGCUUAUUCCGAUUCUGACUACGCUGCUGAAGAAGAUGAGCGAAAGUCUGUAUCGGGAUACGUUACCUUCAUUGGUAAUUGUGCAGUUACGUGGAGCAGCAGAAAGCAACGCAUUGUUACCCAGUCAACAGUGGAGGCUGAAUACAUCGCGCUCGCCCAUUGUACACGCGAAGUUCUCUUCAUUUGGCAAUUGUUGUCUGAACUUGGAUAUGAGCAGGGGAGACACCGAUAUUUGAAGACCACCAGACAUGCAUCGCUAUAG